AUGGACAAAGGGUGCAACAUCAAGACAAAGCAACGCGGCGGCGAAGACGACGACGACGACGACACGCGCGGCGCGCCCGCUUUCUUCCCGUCUACUCCAGAGCAAGUUAUCCACGGCACCCACGGCGAUCAAUCCAUAGUCAGAAAAUCGAGACAGCAGACAGGCCUGGGCGGCUUUGGCUCCCGCGGCUCGCACUCGCAAUUAGAACUUGUGCCAAGAUCUUGUUUGAGAAACGAAAAGACAGAGUCAACCUUCACACCCUCACUCAACCCACCAAGAUGCUGCUGGAUGACUAGCCGUGAAAUCUUGGUUCAGCAAAGACUGUUAGCUUCGACUCGCCGAGUCGAAACGAAAAGAGACAAUGACCACAGAAGCGGGAACGCCGUCGGAUCCAACGUGUACUCCAACGGGAAUUUUGGUGUUUGUGAGUGCGUCUGCCCUGUGACUGUCACAGGCUAG